GGAGGGACCAUGGGAAGCACAGCCGCUCUGAAGGGAGCUCUGAGUACCAACUGUGUAGGAGUACAUACUGUUGUGCAGUGAGGCUACAAAGGCAAGUCACAUUUAACCAGAAGUCCACGCCUGCGUCGUGGGAGCUGGCAGACAGCUGCUCUGACGAGACUGACCGGAAGCGCUCCCAGCCCCGCUCGGCCGAGCUUCUGGCGCGGGGACUGGCUUCUUCCUACGUUAGGACCCCUGCGACCUCUAGCUGCGUGACGCCGCGGGGCUCCGACUGGACGGGCGGGCACCGCCCCCACUGUCUAGGGGGCGGGACUUCCGGGCGGCGGGACUUCCGGCCGCUGAGCGACGGGUGCAGCAUCAGCAUCAGCAUCAGCUGGCGGCGGCUGAGGCGACAGCGGCUGCGGCGCAGGCAACGGGCCGCGGCCUGCGGACUACGGGCAGCCGGAGCGGGCGGGCGCGCCGGCGGACAGCAGGCCGCGCUGGCGGCGGCGGUGGCCGCGAUGAUGGAGAUCCAGAUGGACGAGGGCGGCGGCGUGGUCGUGUACCAGGACGACUACUGCUCUGGCUCAGUGAUGUCGGAGCGGGUGUCGGGCCUGGCGGGCUCUAUCUACCGCGAGUUCGAGCGCCUCAUCCACUGCUACGACGAGGAGGUCGUCAAGGAGCUGAUGCCACUCGUGGUCAACGUGCUCGAGAAUCUGGACUCGGUGCUCAGCGAGAACCAGGAGCACGAGGUGGAGCUGGAGCUGCUGCGCGAGGACAACGAGCAGCUGCUCACCCAGUACGAGCGGGAGAAGGCGCUGCGCAAGCAGGCCGAGGAGAAAUUUAUUGAGUUUGAAGAUGCCUUGGAACAAGAGAAGAAAGAGCUACAAACCCAGGUGGAACACUACGACUUUCAGACCCGCCAGCUGGAACUGAAGGCCAAAAACUAUGCAGAUCAGAUUUCCCGGCUGGAGGAGCGGGAGUCGGAGAUGAAGAAGGAGUACAAUGCCCUGCACCAGCGGCACACAGAGAUGAUCCAGACCUACGUGGAGCACAUCGAGAGGUCCAAGAUGCAGCAGGUCGGGGGGAACAGCCAGACCGAGAGCACCCUGCCGGGGAGGAGGAAGGAGCGCCCCACCUCCCUGAGCGUCUUCCCCCUGACCGACGGUAUGGUACGUGCACAGAUGGGGGGCAAACUCAUGCCUGCGGGGGACCACUGGCACCUGAGUGACCUCGGCCAGCUGCAGCUCAGCUCCAGCUACCAGUGUCCGCAGGAUGAGAUGUCCGAGUCAGGCCAGUCCUCAGCGGCGGCCACGCCCAGCACCACGGGCACCAAGUCCAACACGCCCACGUCCUCUGUGCCCUCGGCUGCGGUCACACCCCUCAGCGAGGGCCUGCAACCUCUAGGCGACUACAGCGGCAGCUCCAAGAACAACAAGAGAGCGCGGGAGAAGCGCAACAGCCGCAACAUGGAGGUGCAGGUCACACAGGAGAUGCGCAACGUCAGCAUAGGCAUGGGCAGCAGUGACGAGUGGUCUGAUGUUCAGGACAUUAUCGACUCCACCCCAGAGCUGGACAUGGGCCGGGAGCCCCGCCUGGACCGCACGGGCAGCAGCCCAACCCAGGGGAUCGUGAACAAGGCUUUUGGCAUCAACACUGACUCCCUGUACCACGAGCUGUCGACUGCGGGGUCCGAGGUCAUCGGGGAUGUGGACGAAGGGGCCGACCUGCUAGGGGAGUUCUCAGUGCGCGAUGAUUUUUUUGGAAUGGGCAAGGAAGUGGGGAAUCUGCUGCUGGAGAACUCACAGCUUCUAGAAACCAAAAACGCUCUGAACGUGGUGAAGAACGACCUCAUCGCCAAGGUGGACCAGCUCUCGGGGGAGCAGGAGGUGCUGAAGGGGGACUUGGAAGCCGCCAGGCAGGCCAAACUCAGACUGGAGAACCGCAUCAAGGACCUGGAGGAGGAGCUGAGGAGAGUGAAGUCAGAGGCCAUCAUUGCCCACCGUGAACCCAAAGAAGAGGUGGAGGAUGUAAGCAGCUAUCUCUGUACAGAAUUGGACAAAAUCCCCAUGGCGCAGCGCCGCCGCUUCACGCGUGUGGAGAUGGCCCGCGUGCUCAUGGAGCGCAACCAGUACAAGGAGCGGCUGAUGGAGCUGCAGGAGGCCGUGCGGUGGACCGAGAUGAUCAGAGCAUCCCGAGAGCAUCCAUCUGUCCAGGAGAAGAAGAAGUCCACCAUCUGGCAAUUCUUCAGCCGCCUCUUCAGCUCCUCCUCAAGCCCCCCUCCGGCCAAGCGGUCCUACCCCUCCGUGAACAUCCAUUACAAGUCACCCACCACGGCCGGCUUCAGUCAGCGCCGCAGCCACGCCAUGUGCCAGAUCUCCGCCGGCAGCCGGCCCCUGGAGUUCUUCCCAGAUGACGACUGCACAUCCUCUGCAAGGCGGGAGCAGAAGCGUGAGCAGUACCGCCAGGUGCGCGAGCACGUGCGCAAUGACGACGGGCGGCUGCAGGCCUGUGGCUGGAGCCUACCAGCCAAGUACAAGCAGCUGAGUCCCAACGGGGGCCAGGAGGACACCCGCAUGAAGAACGUGCCCGUCCCCGUGUACUGCCGCCCUCUGGUGGAGAAGGACCCGACCAUGAAGCUGUGGUGUGCCGCGGGCGUCAACCUGAGCGGCUGGAAACUGAGUGAGGAUGACCCCGGGAAUGGAGUCAAGCCUGUGCCAGGCCGCGACCCUCUGACCUGCGACCGGGAAGUAGAAGGAGAGACCAAGAGCAACCAUGCGUCCCCCGAGAAGAAGAAGGCAAAGGAGCUCCCCGAGGCGGACGCCACCUCCAGCCGCGUGUGGAUCCUCACCAGCACCCUGACCACCAGCAAAGUGGUGAUCAUCGAUGCCAACCAGCCGGGCACCGUCGUGGACCAGUUCACCGUGUGCAAUGCCCACGUCCUAUGCAUCUCCAGCAUCCCUGCGGCCAGCGAUGGUGACUACCCUCCGGGGGAGAUCUUCCUGGACAGCGACGUGAACCCUGAGGACUCUAGUGCAGACGGCGUGCUGGCCGGCAUCACCCUGGUGGGCUGUGCCACCCGCUGCAACGUGCCGCGCAGCAACUGCUCCUCCCGUGGGGACACCCCAGUGCUGGACAAGGGCCAGGGGGAGGUGGCUGCUGUCGCCAAUGGGAAGGUCAACCCAUCUCAGUCCACGGAGGAGGCCACGGAGGCCAUGGAGGUGCCAGACUCUGGGCCCAGUGAGGCAGAGGCAGCUGCGGUGCGGCCUGGGCCCCUCACAGAGCACGUCUUCACCGACCCGGCCCCUGCCCCACCCACCAGCACCCAGCCUGACAGUGAGAACGGGCUGGAGACGGACGUGAGCGGUGUGCAGCCUGAGCCGGAGCCCAGUGGGGACGCCGCAGGGGCCAGCAGCAGUGCUGCACCCACCAUGUGGCUGGGAGCCCAGAAUGGCUGGCUCUACGUGCACUCGGCUGUGGCCAACUGGAAGAAGUGUCUGCACUCCAUCAAGCUGAAGGACUCCGUGCUGAGCCUGGUGCACGUAAAAGGGCGAGUGCUGGUGGCUCUGGCCGAUGGGACCCUGGCCAUCUUCCACCGAGGUGAAGACAGCCAGUGGGACCUGAGCAACUAUCACCUGAUGGACCUGGGCCACCCACACCACUCCAUCCGCUGCAUGGCCGUCGUGUAUGACCGCGUCUGGUGCGGCUACAAGAACAAGGUGCAUGUCAUCCAGCCCAAGACGAUGCAGAUUGAGAAGUCGUUCGACGCCCACCCACGGCGGGAGAGCCAGGUACGGCAACUGGCGUGGAUUGGUGACGGGGUGUGGGUGUCCAUCCGCCUGGACUCCACGCUGCGGCUCUACCACGCCCACACCCACCAGCACCUGCAGGACGUGGAUAUUGAGCCCUACGUCAGCAAGAUGCUGGGGACAGGCAAGCUGGGCUUCUCCUUCGUGCGCAUCACAGCCCUGCUCAUCGCAGGCAACCGCCUCUGGGUGGGCACCGGCAACGGAGUUGUCAUCUCCAUCCCGCUGACUGAAACUGUGGUCCUGCACCGAGGCCAGCUCCUGGGGCUCCGAGCCAACAAGUCGUCCCCCACAUCUGGGGAGGGGGCCCGCCCAGGAGGCAUCAUCCACGUGUACGGAGACGACAGCAGUGACAAGUCAGCCAGCAGCUUCAUCCCUUACUGCUCCAUGGCCCAGGCUCAGCUCUGCUUCCACGGGCACCGUGACGCUGUCAAAUUCUUUGUCUCCGUGCCAGGGAACGUGUUGGCCACUCUGAACGGCAGCGUGCUCGACAGCCCCUCCGAGAGCCCCGGGCCCACUGCCCCCACCACAGACACCGAGGCCCAGAAGCUGAAGAACGUGCUGGUGCUUAGCGGCGGGGAGGGCUACAUUGACUUCCGCAUCGGCGACGGAGAAGACGAUGAGCCUGAGGAGGGUGCAGGGGACAUGAGCCAAGUGAAGCCCCUGCUGUCCAAGGCCGAGCGCAGCCACAUCAUCGUGUGGCAGGUGUCCUACACCCCCGAGUGAGGCUGCGGCCUGCCGCCACCCCGCCCCGCCUGAUGCCAUCUGCCACAUGUACAUACAGCCCCACCCACCUGCCCACCACCCACCCAGGGGGCAGCCUGCCCGCAGGCAGCCAGGUGCCCGUCCACCCCACUUCUAGCCUCUCAACCUGCAGCUUUCACCUUCGGUCCGGGCCUCCCCAUGAGCUGGCAGAGAGCAUAGGGUCUGGCUGGGAGCGGGUAGUGGGGUGGCAUCCUGAUCAGGGAGGGGCAGAGCCUCUCGGGACACCCUCUCCCCAGCAGCUCCUGGCUGGCACCCAGCCCAAAGCCCUCCAGGCCCGAGGGCACUUCAGGGCCAGAGCGAGGCAGAACCCCAGGGUGGGUCGGGCCAGGGAAGCCCCUACAGGUGGCUCCGAGCUCCACCCUGGGCUCCCCACUCCAGUCACUCAUUCCCAGGAUCUCUCCAGGGAGUCGAGCAGGGACUUCACCGCGCUAAGUCUUCCCACCCUGAGUCCACUUGCCUUUGGCUGCUGCCCAUGGGAGUGGGGAUCCAACCCUCAGGGAGUUGGCCCAGUUGCUAGCCUUCCCUGGGCUCCCCCUCCCCCAUCCCUACCGCCCUGGGAACUGGCAUGAAAGCAUGUAACCAGGCUCCCUGGGGCAGCUGCCUGAGAAGACAGACACACACCCUCAUCCCGCUCAAGCCCCAUGAUCGUCCUGUGUGGCGGACUCUCACUGGCCCUCACUGACCUGUGUCCUCCCCGACCCUGCUAACUCUCCCUGGGUGAACACCCACCUUGUAGGAGCAGGCCCCUUGAGUCCCACCCCUCCCGGAAGCCCCUAGGGUGGUAUUUCUCAGGCUGUCAGGGCAGGCCCAAGCCUCAGGAAGAAGGGGAGGCCCCUGGUCUCUCCCGGGGUCAGUCCUUGGAUGUAGGCUCAGCCUCAGGGUGAUGGGGAAAGGUGUGCUCCAGGGCCUGCCUCCUGUGCAGUCUCCAAGGAGCCCAGCUCCCAAGACACGCUACUAAGUGCCUAGGGAUAAGCGGUGUGGCCUGCUCCCUUGAGGGCGUCUGAUGAUAGGCCACCGAGCAGAGGCCCAAGGGUUAAGGACAGGAGCCGCCUCCAGCCGGCUCUCGGCGAUGGCGCGUGCCUGCUUUGAGGGGCACCGCCCUGGACUGCCAACUCCCCCACCUGCCCAGGCCUUAUUCCUGUUCCUCGAGGCACCGAUCAGGGCAGCCCCAGGCACUGCUGCCCACCCACCUCCCACCAGAGAAGCACAGAUCUUGGGCAGCCAUCCCACGAGCCCAGCUGGCCACCGCUGCAGCCACCAGCAGCUGCAGGCUUCUCCCCACCACCCUGUCACUCUCCACUGUGAUGUACGUCAAGUCCCUUGUCUGUCCUCACAGGGCCUGAAGUGACUCGGGGGUUAGCUGGGUGGGUGCAACUGGGUGACACAAUUCUCCUCAGGCUUUGGCCCUGCAAGUGAACCUACAUAUCUGCUCUGUAAGUAAUAAAUGUCUUAACAUCAUG